AUGGAGCAAUUGGAGAAGGAAUUUGCUGACUUCUUCGGCGAAUGUAAGCAGCAAGGAUUUACCUCCAAAGAAAUGCGUGCCAUAUGUCAGCCGCUGUUGCAUCGUCGCAACAACAGAUGUUACGUGUUACUGGGCGUCUUGUUGGCUAUGAUGGCCGCCUUUUAUUUACUCUAUAACUGGUCCGAAGAAUUUAGUUGGUUUGUUAGCGCCAUUGGACGUUUGGUGUUGCUACAGCUGUUGCCCUACUGGAAUUGGACGCCUCUAUAUAGUAGCCGGUGUCUAAUUGAGCGUGCGGUAGAUAAAAACGGUGCGCAGAGUGCAACUUCAACAACGAAAGCCUUGGGCCGUUAUGAGACUGAAGCUGAAAAUUGCGUACUUUGCGAGACGCUUG